AUGGCUUCGCCUGAGAUUCCUGUUCCUGCACUCCAUGCACCUCAUAGUGCAAGCGAAAAGAAGCGUCCAGAGUCAUCACUGCCCCCGGUCAUCGAGGACGAAUCCAGUCCGUAUCCAUCCCAUCCAAUUGUCCAGCUUCAAGGCCCAUUUGAAGAAUCAAUUGUGGAGACGACCAACGACUCAGCAAAGGAAUGGGUUGUUGAGAUUGACGCGCAGACACGACGGCGGGAUCUAUUGGAAAGCGACGAAUAUCAUCCAUUUUGGAAAUUGAUCUCCCAAAUGGUAUUUGGAGUCCAUCUCCUAGGCAAGAGACUGGCCAAAUCGGACGUUUCAGUCAUGAAAAUUCUCCAGACCCACGUCGAUGAGCUAGACGGCUUUUUGCAAAGGACCACUGAAGACCUUUUGAUCAUCCGAUUAGAUGUUCGCACCCGGAUUCAGUAUCUCAGUCUGCCUCUGGGGAAUCUAGAGGUCUUUGAUGAAAUGCUCCAAGAUCGGGGCUUCCGACUAUCGGUUGUGGCUUAUAAUGACCAGAUCGAACAUUCCAUCCACAGAUUCACUCUGGCUAUUACAGAUGCCCUCAAAGAUCUCCAAAAAGCAAAGGAGGCGAUGGGCGCGCUCUGGUUCUACUUCCGAGAGCUUGCGGACGAGGGCUGUUUUGAGAUCGACAGCCUCAACGCCUUCCGUCAGGCCAUGAUGGACAACAUGGAGGGUUGGAUUGUUGCUAUUUCAAAGCUUCGUCGACGAGGCGCCGCUCUCCAGAAGGCUCUGUGUCAAUUGGGUCUCGCAACUACUGAAAUGCAACGCCGCGUGGGUGUAGCGAGUAGAAAGGAUGUGCGAUCAUUCGUGCAACAAACUAAGAAGACCGCAAGACGAAGCAAGUCAGUCAGGCAGAGACUCUUUGAAAAAGAACCGUCCAUUCCGGAGAAGCCUCUCCCUCGCGAUCCAUUAUCAAAACCAAAGCGAACAACUUCCAAGAGUCCAUCAGCCACACCUCAAGAGCAACCCAAGACUCCCGCAGAUCCAACCCACCAAAGCGAUGGUCUACGACGCAAGAUCAUCAGUCGGGCCAAAUCAUGCAGUGCCAUUGUAGGAGAAGCCAGCGCCGGCGCUGGCAACGAACCACCACCUCUUCCAUCAACACCUUCAACACCUGGACUACUCAAGCGAAAGCUGUCCAAACCAUUCUUACCCAAACGAUCCGCCAGUGAAAAGAUCAAUCUCAACCAAACCCGACCUAAGACAGCACCUUCACAGCCAUCAAGGCCAUCACGCGCUAUUUCAAUAGAACAACUACGAGCAUUCUGCACAACGCCACGGCCAGGAACCCGACAAUCCAUGGUCAAAUCGCCCACGCAAGCUCGACAAGAGACCCACAAUAAGCUCACUAGCAGCCGGGAGAGCAUGAAAGACCAACUCUCCCAAUUCCUCAAAAGCGACCGCGUGGUCGAAGCCUGGGAUAACGUCUCCAAGAACGCGUCAUGCUGUGCACGGCCACUCGCAAAGACCAAGGAAUGGCCCAGCAGCAUCUUCCGCACUAAAUCGUCUACUACUUUACAAAACCAAGACCAAAAUGACCUCUCCGGGCCGGACCUGGAAAGGCAGAUGUCGUGGGUAGAGGAGACGUUCGAUGUCCUGCCUACCUACUCAUUCAAGCCGAAACCCGACAUUUCGCCCCGGAUCCACGUCCUGUCAGUGCAGAUGACCCUGGAAGAGGAAGCCAAUGUGACCGCUGGCCGAGAGGCGAGUUUGGACAUGAGGAGUGAGUCUGGUUCGAUCACGGCGCUACCGGCUGUGCCGGCUCCGACGGUUUCUAAGCCACCGGCUUGA